CAAAACCUUGCACGUAACGUAAGUAGAAAUUCCCUUUGUUUAAUUUACUCGGAAACCCUAGGGCUUGAUACAAAUAUACUGAUUUUGAUAUUAAAAAAUGUUAUUUUAUUUAGCAAAUAUAAAGGGAGAAAGGACUAAAUUGAAGUGACUCAAUCAUUGUUGACGCUAGAACUUUAUCCAGAACAAGUAUGGAAAGAACGCAACGAUUCUUUCCACCGUCGUAUUAAUUUCCAAAUUUCGGCCUUUUAAACUUUAUCCAGCUUAUUAUAACUUGCUUGAUUUGGUCCAAUUUUUGGUUUUGUGGUUGCUGAUUAUUAUGGAGAAAACUAGAUUCUUGUGGGGAUUCCUUUUCUUCUUAUUUUUUGGCGUUUCAUUCGGUAGAGUGCUGAAGCUUAGAGAGAGUGAUGGUUUACCUGUUUACAAUCACACACUGGCCAAAAUUUUGGUCGAGUACAAUGCUGCUGUGUAUGAAUCAGACUUGACUGAACUCUUCACCUGGACAUGUUCAAGAUGUAAUGGAAUGACAAAGGGGUUUGAGAUUGUAGAGCUUAUUGUUGAUGUCCAGCACUGCUUGCAGGCAUAUGUUGGGGUGGCUGAGGAUCUGAAUGCCAUUAUUGUUGCAUUUAGGGGAACUCAAGAGCAUAGCAUACAGAAUUGGGUUGAAGAUCUAUACUGGAAACAACUUGAUUUAAAUUACCCAGAGAUGCCUGAGGCAAUGGUUCAUCAUGGAUUCUAUAAUGCUUACCAUAACACCACAAUGCGGCCUGGAGUGAUAGAUGGUAUCAAACAAGCAAAGAAAUUAUUUGGAGAUAUUGACGUUAUAGUUAUAGGGCAUUCAAUGGGUGGGGCUAUGGCUGCCAUUUGCGCUCUUGACCUCAAGGUACAUCAUGACAUAAAAAAUGUUCAAGUCACAACUUUUGGGCAACCUAGGAUUGGAAAUGCAGCUUUUGCUUCUUAUUAUAGUCAAUAUGUCCCUAACACAAUUCGUGUCACUCAUGAGCAUGAUAUGGUGCCUCAUUUGCCUCCAUACUAUCCCUAUUUCCGACAGAAGUCAUACCACCACUUCCCUAGAGAGGUAUGGUUGUAUAACAUUGGAUUUGGAAGUUUAAUUUACACUGUUGAGAAAGUCUGUGAUGGAUCUGGUGAAGAUCCAACUUGUAGCAGGUCAGUCUUGGGGAGUAGUGUAUUGGAUCAUCUUUGCUAUUAUGGAGUUAAUUUGAAGGCUGAGACAUGGAACUCUUGCCGAAUUGUGGCUGCACCCCAUCUUUUGAAGUAUACGACUACAGAUAAUGCGGGAAAUAUAAUCCUGUCCAAGGAUCCUACGUCUGCUGUGCACAUUAACGAAGCAGCAACGAGCAAUGGGGUAAAUGUAUUGUGAAAUUUCUGCCUUGUUAACAUUAAAUGAGUUGUGUUUUGCUCCUGUAUCUUAUGUCACAAGGGAAUCUGAAGAUGGGGGGAUGAAGGUCUGCUUAUGAGCCCAUGUGUAAAUUUUAUGUUUAGGAUGUAUAUAUAACUCGUUAACAUGAAACAAAUGUGAAUAAUCGUUGGAAUAAUAUGGAAUCAAAUUCCAUUUUAAUGCUAUGUUUGGAAAUGAUAAUUUCAUGUUUAAAUCUGAAUUUGAAAAUAUUGGAUAGCAAAUGAAUAAUUGUAUAAUGAAAACUUUCAUCUAUUAAACGAUUAACGAUGAUAUCAAUUUUGGGGCGAGAUAAUCAAUUAUAUAA